AUGUCAUACUAUAAUCAACAGCUUGGUGCCAAUGGUAGGUUUUACCAACCCUCUCAACAGUUCCAGUUUCCCCAAGGUGCAAUGUCAUUUGAUCCCUCCGGAUCUUCAUCGUCGCCUUCUGGUAACCCAGCAAACUUUACCAAUGAACAGCUUCCCAAUGGCAUCCUGAAUGCUUUAUCUACGCGAGGAUACUCAUACGAACCUCCAUUUCUCGAAGAAUUAGGUAUCAACUUCAAUCAUAUACUCUCAAAGACGAAAUUUGUACUUACACCUACAAAGUCUGUUAACCUUCCUCUCGAGAUUUUCAACGAUACCGAUCUUUCUGGUCCACUUCUCUUUUGUCUGAUUUUCGGCACUAUGCUUUUGACUGCUGGCAAGGUUCAUUUUGGGUAUAUAUAUGGUGUCGCUCUCUUUGGUUCUCUUUCUCUCUACCAGCUUCUAAAGCUCAUGAGCAACCAGAGACCUAGCCUGUCGGCUGCUACAGCGACUUCCGUGUCAUCCUCUGUUACACAAGGACCUACAGUCUCCUCUCCUCCGUCGCCCAGCCUAAACUCCAACUCUGUUUCUUUCUUAAAAACCGCAUCAAUCCUCGGCUACUCGUUUUUGCCUCUAUGCUUUCUAGCCACCAUCGGCGUCUUUAUUUCUCUCGAUAACUGGUUCGGCUACAUCCUCAGCCUGGUAUUCGUUGUCUGGUGUACCUGGUCAUCAUCCGGCUUCUUCACUUACUACUUACAGCUUCAUAACGUUAGAGUGUUGAUUGCAUACCCGCUACUGAUUUUCUAUAGCGUCUUUGCCUUGAUGGCCAUCUUUGUCUAA